AUGAGGGACCAGUGGACCAGCCAGCCGCUGACCUGCCAGCCACUGACCUGCGUGUCCUGUGCUGCGAAGCGCAGAUGGCGCUGUGUUAUUGCCGGGUUUCUGCUUACAGGAGUCCUCGCCUGCGGUGCGCUGCUGGCAUAUGCCGAGACUCUGGAAGUGGAAGAGGAUGACGAGCCCAUCAGCCAUGUACCAUCUGCAAGGGCUCCAUCCAUACGAGUCAUCGCAGAGGAGUCCGACUCCUGGGAAAUGAAGUUAGCACCAUCCUUGCUCGGAGUUCUGAUGGGUCUACUUCUCGCUGUCGUGCACGUACCUGGCAGCGCGGAGCGCACUGCCGAGGGGCGUGCCUGCAAGAUAGUAGCCACUGGCAUCCUUUUGUUGCAGAGCGCAUUCAUCGUCGAGUUCCAGUGGCACUGGUUGUAUACUCCGUCCAGCUGCAAGGGUGGGAUCAGGUACCGAUGGCUAAGCAUUUUAGACUGCCUUUCGAUGGUGGUUCUCGGGCUCUACUGUGCCGUCAAGCCACAUCCUACCUCGGGAUAUGUCUACGAUGCGUUGUGGUGUGUCUACGGUUUCGCCUUCACAUCGCUCCUCUACAUUGCCAUGGACAUCUACAUCGAGUGUGACUGGGAGGCCAUCAGUCAGUUGACAGCCGCCCUGGCGCUCACCACCGAGGCCAUCCUCUUUGGCUGGGUCGCACAGCUCUUCCAGGCGCGAAUGCAGUCGGCCGGCGACGAGAGUCUUGCGAGCUCGAAGGCCUGGGUGUACACGAUGGUGGUUAUGUUCCAGGCUAAUGUGGAGCUGGUGGUGGUUGAGUCGUUUUCCCGCAAAGAUGGGCACGCGUUCAUGAUUCUGCACAUUGUUGGCAUUGGACUCAAGGUAGUCUUUUUGGUCAUCUGGUGCUUCUCUACAUAUUUGAUGGCCCGGAGCCUCUUUCACAGCUCGCGGGUCUUGCGCCUGGAACGCAAGCGGACAAGAGGCGUGGCUCGGCAGCAGGCGCACUGGGCCACUCGAAUCAUCCGCAUGGAAAUUGCUGUUGUCCUCACGAUUGGCAUUACGACCUUUGCCACUUGGCUGGUGGCAGCGGCGUUUUCUGCGAUCGACCUGUGCUGCAUCAACAACCCCAACUCCGUGGUCUCCUGGUCUCGGCUGCGUACCUUUCUUCACCGUUCAGAUGUAAUGGUCAAUGCCAUCGGCAUAGCCCUGAUGUCUGGUGUACUGUGGCGAGCCCCGCUUCCCACUGCCAAUGACCUGGAGAGGGUGGAGGAAAUCUCUCGGAUGCGGCAUGGCAACAGCCUCUCGCAUCUAGAGGUCCAUGAGAAGGAGGCCUAUGAGGCUAAGGCAGAGGAGCUGGCAGGGCGCGGUUUCCACCUCCGAUCCCUAUUAGAGUUCUGGGAUCUGUUGUUGGACCAAACUCUGAUGCCUGGCUUCUGCCCCAGUAGCUCUCUGACCGUGGACGUGGUGCGCGGGGCAAUCAUCCCACUGUCUCGCAAGGGCGGGGGUGGGGUUGCUCUUGCUACGAAGUGGAAUUGUGAGCAGGCAUUGGUUCCCCAAUGCAUGGUUACACAUUCCUGGUCCAACAGCUUCAUCAACUUGUCUGCAGCAAUUGUGGGAGAUGCUCUUGGCCUGGAGACUUAUGGGGACAUCACCCGGCGCCUGUGCACCAAAGCCGGCCUGUCCACAGUAGUGUCCGAGCUGCAAGCAGCGGAAAAGCUGGACUCAACUUACUGGGUCUGCGCUUUCUCCAUCAAUCAGCAUGCUACCAUUUGCAGUAGUUUCGGACCGAGCCCGCCAUGGGGCACUGCUGCAUGGAUCGCUUGGGAUAGAAAGACGCGCGACUCCGUCACAGGAAUACGAUAUCCUCUCUGCACAUGCCGGGAGCCGAAGACCUUCGAUGACUUUGUGACCUGUGAGGUCAACAAGUUUGAUAGCACCAUGUCCCUUCUGGCUCGUGAAGUGGCCAGUGUGUCGCAAGUGGUGGUCGUCGACCCUCAGUUUGACGUGCUGUUUAGGGCUUGGUGCGUGGCAGAAAUUGUUGAGGGCAACAUACUUGGCAUCCCGGCCCGGAUCUCCGUGCAGUCCCGAGAUGCGGUAGACGAGAACUACGACCGGCUCUCCCUGCUGGACGUUCGAGCGUGCGAAGCCUCUGUGCAGAGCGACAAAGACAUGAUUCUCUCCAAGAUCGCCGACGUUGAUGUUUUCAACCUCAGGCUUCAGCAGCUGGUUUUCAGCGCGCAGGGCCUUUUUGGCGGAUGGUUGGACGGAAUUGAGCGCUCCAGGCACGUCGCUACCAUCGUGCGGCGGUCGACACAGUCGCUGAAAUUGGCGGAGAAGACGAUGCCAAGGAUUUGCUGCUUUAAGCGGGCCUCGAGCAGUGAGUCCUCUGAGUCCCCGAGCUCCGAAAGUGAGACAUCCUGCGGAAGUACCGUCUGA